AUGGACGCUGCUUUAGAUGGCACUGGUCGUAUCAUCCUGCUCUACUCUGGCUAUGUCAUAGAGCCAGGAACCCGUGACCAUGAGUAUCAGGCAGGAUGGAACCGCGAGCACGUGUGGCCGAGAAGUAAAGGGGGUCUGUCGACAUCGCAGCCGGGACCGGGGACGGACUUGCAUAACCUGCACGCGGCAGACAUCAGCGUCAAUGCCGAGAGGGGCAACAAGGACUUCGACGACUUAGACGAGGGCCAGGCUGCGGAAGUGUGGCAACCGGCCGGGGUGCGAGUGGUCACGGACCCCUCGCCGGCCCCGGGGUACCAAGACAUGAAGCGCCUUUGCCUGGUGGCUGCGGACGCCUGGGAGCCAUCGGACUUGGCAAAGGGCACGGC